GGCCAGGGCGGGCUGGCAUGAGACCCAGCAGGAGGGACAAGAUCGCCCACGUGGCUGGCGGGAGCCUGUGGCCUGUGAUUGGUUAGAAAAGGGGGAGUAGUAUGAGGGGGAGGUCCCCGGCCUAGCCGCGGUACUCCAGUUCAACCUUCCAAGUCAGCUAACCUGGUGGGUGUCUCAGGGUGCAUCCCUCUGGGACCAGUCUGCAGGUUGUGUGUGGGCAAUAUGGAGGCCGACCUGUCUGGCUUUAACAUUGACGCGCCCCGCUGGGAUCAGAGCACGUUCCUGGGGCGCGUGAAGCACUUUUUUAACAUCACGGAUCCUCGCACUGCCUUUGCAUCAGAACAGGAGCUAGACUGGGCCAGGCUGGUGGUGGAGAAGAGCAGGAUGGGACUUGUGCCCCCUGGCACUCAGGUGGAGCAGCUACUGUACGCCAAGAAGCUGUAUGACUCUGCUUUCCACCCUGACACCGGGGAGAAGAUGAACAUCAUUGGGCGGAUGUCCUUCCAGGUCCCCGGCGGCAUGAUCAUCACAGGCUUCAUGCUACAGUUCUACAGGACAAUGCCUGCAGUAAUCUUCUGGCAGUGGGUGAACCAAUCCUUCAACGCCUUAGUCAACUACACCAACAGGAAUGCGGCUUCCCCAACAUCAGUCAGGCAGAUGGCCCUCUCCUACUUCACAGCUACCACCACGGCAGUGGCCACAGCAGUGGGCAUGAAUAUGUGGACAAAGACAGCUCCGCCCUUGGUGGGCCGAUGGGUGCCCUUUGCCGCUGUGGCUGCCGCUAACUGUGUCAAUAUCCCAAUGAUGCGACAGCAGGAGCUCAUCCAGGGCAUCUGUGUGAAGGACAAGGAUCAAAACGAGCUUGGCCAUUCUCAGAGAGCUGCAGCUGUGGGCAUCACCCAAGUGGUUAUUUCUCGGAUCACGAUGGCAGCACCUGGCAUGGUCUUGUUACCGGUCAUCAUGGAGCGGCUGGAGAGACUGCGUCUGAUGAAGAGACUCAGAGUGCUGCAUGCCCCGCUGCAGGUCCUACUGUGUGGCUGCUUCCUCCUCUUCAUGGUACCAGUAGCAUGUGGGCUCUUCCCUCAGGAAUGCAAAUUACCAGUUUCUUAUCUAGAACCAGAGCUGCAGGACACCAUCAAGGCCAAGUAUGGAGAACAAGUCCUCUUUGCCUACUUUAACAAGGGUCUCUAAGUGCUCCAUGUCUGCAAGGACCAAUCCACGCCCUGCACGGACCAGUUUUUCGCUGGCAGCUGUGCAUACCUGUGUUCACGUUCAUUCCUCUUUGCAGUAAGGUCUGAAAGCCAGGCUGGAUUGGGAAGUAGAGUGGGUGGGUGGGAAAUGACUCCUGU